CUCAAUUUUAUGGAUGCCUCGGAAAUAUCGGUGCGACCAUUCAACCCCUCGGACGCCGAAGACGUGCUGAAAUGGGCGGGUGACGAUAGAGUGACUCAAUACCUGCGUUGGAGCUCCUUGAAAACUAGAGAAGAAGCGCUGUCAUUCAUAGAGAGGGUUGCUAUGCCCCAUCCGUGGCGUCGAUCCAUAUGUGUGAAUGGUCGGUCCGUCGGAUACAUGUCGGCGAAGCCAGGGUCCGGCGAUGACCGGUGCAGGGCACACAUUAGCUAUGCAUUGGGCGUGGAUCACUGGGGAAAAGGGAUAGUGACGGAGGCUUUAAGGAUGGCUAUCCCUCUUGUCUUCAAGCAAUUCCCUUAUCUGUAUAGGAUUGAGGCGUUGGUGGACAUUGACAAUAAAGGAUCUCAGACGGUGCUUGAGAAAUUAGGAUUUGUUAAAGAAGGAUUGCUCCGGAAAUAUGGCUUUUGUAAGGGUCAGGUUAGGGAUUUCUUCAUCUACAGCGUCUUGGCUGCUGAUAAGGUGCCUGUUUGAAUUUGCCUUUAAAAUUAAUUAAUGGUAGGAAAAUCAUGUUUUGGCAAAACAUACCCAAGCACCUUUGUUUUGCCUAAAUUCCCCCCGCCUGCUUCUCAAUAUCAAUUUUACAGUUGAAACAAUUAUUAUUUUGUCAGAA